AUGACUAAAUUUGUUCCAAAAUCAGUGAAAUUCGAUGAUAAUAUUAUUAUUAUUUCUACAGUAAAACCUAUUAAACAGGAUUCAUUUAAUAAUCUAUCAUUUACAUUAUCAUCAAAUAAAAAGAUAAUACGUCAAUCUUUUCCAUCACCGGUUAAUAAUCGUCUUGCCAGUAAUAUUCGUAGUCCAACCUGGUGGUUAUCAUUAAUAUUAUUACUUAUAUCUGUUGUUGUUGGCUUUCAAUUAGGUCUUAUGUUUCUAUGUAAUAUUAAACGAUGUUUAAUGAAUGAUUCAAAUAUAUCACAGGAUUCAGAUACUUCUAAUAUUAAUCAAAAAAACUCCAUAUCUAUUUCACCAAUUAAUAUACCACGUGUAUCAGAAAAAAAACAAUUAAUUCUUAUUGCUGUAAUGACUAGUAAAGGAUUUUUAACAACACGUGCACCAACAGUCAUGCGUACAUGGGCAAAAAAAGUACCAGGAGAUGUUAUAUUUUUUUCAAGUGAAGGUUCAAAAACAAAUGACUCAAGUAUAAAUCUUGUUAGUUUACCAUCAGUUACAGAUACAUAUCCACCACAGAAAAAAUCUUUUCUUAUGAUGAAAUAUAUCUAUGAUCAUUAUUUAAAUAAAUUUGAAUGGUUUAUGCGUGUUGAUGAUGAUGUUUAUAUACGAACAGAUAAUUUAGAAAAAUUACUUCGUUCAAUUGAUAAUCGUAAACCCUAUUAUAUUGGUCAACCAGGUAUGGGAACAAAAGAGGAAUAUGGUAAAUUAGCUUUGGGUGAAAAUGAAAAUUUUUGUAUGGGUGGACCUGGUAUAAUAUUAUCUCGUGAAACUUUAUCUCGUUUUGUUCCAAAUAUUAAAAAAUGUUUAAAAAAUUUCUAUACUUAUCAUGAAGAUGUUGAACUUGGUCGUUGUGUACAUAAAUAUGCAAAUACAUCUUGUACAUGGUCAUAUGAAAUGCAACAUAUUCUAUAUAAUCAUCCAAAUAAAACUGAUGGUUAUAGAGCAAGAAAUUUAGUAUCAACGGAUAUAUUACGUGCUGUUAGUCUUCAUUCAAUAAAAGAUAUACGUGUAUUCACACGCGUACAUAAUUUUGCUUUACAACGACGAAUUAUGGAACUUGAACAACGUAAUAUGUUAUUACGUCGUCAAAUAAAUAUUUACAAUAAAAUUCUUCAUAUACAAAAUCAACUUACACUACAAAAACAGAAACUUUCGAAAUUCUUACACAAAACUAAAAAUAAACAAUUAAAAAUUCAAUCGAAUCAAUUUUAUAAAUUAUUAACUAUGUCUAAUCAACAGAUUGCUGAACAAAUGAUGACAAUAUAUAAUAAUACACAUCGAUUGUUUAAUAUAGAUAAUAAUCAACAAACUAUACUCGAUCAUCAAUUAUGGAAUGUUUUACAUGAAUAUUUUAAUAAAUCGAUUCUUUCAUCUAAUGAUGCAACAUUUCAUUCUUUAUACGAAGAAAUUCAAUCAAUAUUCAAUACGAAUAAUAUAUCUAGUAAAAAACUUUCCCAAGAUAAAAAUCAACCUGGUAUUUAUACAUUAUUUACUGCUAGUCAAUAUUCAGCUAAUACAGAAUUACCUGUUCGAUCAAUUGAACCGGCAUAUAAACAAUCUUUUGAUGAAGUUGUUCGAACAUAUAUGGAAGAAGUAAAUAAAAUAUCAAGAAAUAUGGGUCGAUUUUUAGAAUAUAAAAAAACUUUAUAUGGUUAUUAUAAAUAUGAACCAAGAUUUGGUAUUAAUUAUAUUUUAGAUUUAUAUCUUAUCUAUCGAAAAUAUAUGGGUAAAAGAAUGUCAGUACCCGUACGAAAACGUGUGUAUGUUGUGCAAAGAUUUCGUCCACUUUACUUUCGUGAACUUUCAUCAUCAUAUUCAAGUGCAAUAUUAUCUCCUUUUGGAGCUGGUUCUUCUAAUUCAAUUUCACCGGUGAUGACUAAUUCAUACAGGACUAUAAUGUUAUCUAAUUCAUCUGUACCUAUUCAUAUGAUUGUACCUGUUAGUGGACGUCUUCCUACUCUUAAACGUUUAUUGACAAAUUUUGAUCGUGUUGUUAUGUGUUCGAAUGAUUCGGAUCUUCUUAAUGUACAUCUUUAUAUAAUACUAAUGGAAACAGCAGAAGAUAGUGGUGAACGUAUGUCAACAAUAUCAAAUUAUAUAAAAAAUUUUCUUAAAAAAUAUAAAAUAUCACGUAUACAUUUAAUUGAAGUUAAAAAUGGAAAUUUUACACGUGGUUAUGCACGUUCAUAUGGUGCAUCACGUUUUAAUGAAACAGAUUUAUUAUUUUUUAUUGAUCUUGAUAUGGUUUUUACUCGAGAUUUAUUUCCACGUAUACGUCAUCAUACUAUUUUUAAUAAACAAGUUUAUUUUCCAAUUAUAUUUAGUCAAUAUGAUCCACAAUAUUGGGAAUCAUCAAAAAUGUUAUCAAAUUUUACUUCAUUUCAUAUACGAAAUGAUAUUGGUUAUUGGCGUCAAUAUGGUUUUGGUAUGCUUGGAAUAUAUAAAGCUGAUUUAGGACAAAUUGGUAGUUGGAAUGUUGAAAUUAGUGGAUGGGGAAAAGAAGAUGUUGAAAUUUAUGAUAAAUUAGUUCAAUCUCCAACUUUAAAUGUCUUUCGAACAAUUGAUAAUAGUCUAAUGCAUAUAUUUCAUACAAAACAAUGUUCAUUAACAUUACGUGAUGAUCAAAUGACUAUGUGUAAAGGGACGAAAUCGAUUACAUUAGGUUCACAACAUAUAUUAGUACGGCAUGUUCAAAAAUUAAUUGAGCUCAAUAAAAUCUGA